AUGGCUUUUACGCAACACCAACAGCAAGACCAAUCACACCCCAGUGACAUAUACCCCGAUUCCGAUCAUCAAGGCUCCUCCAAUCUGCCCAGUAGAAUCUUCUCUCGAAUUCGUAACCUGGCGGCCAACUUCGGUCACUCUUCGGGCAUGACUCGGGGUGACAGCCGCGAUUCCACUCUCCCCCCUGGUAGUUCAAAAUCUGCCAACAAGGAUUUAAAAAAAUCCACGAUACCCUCUCACUAUCAUGAAAGGGACGAGAUUAUAUCUGAUCUCCGACGACAGCUGAUCACUAAGGAUCGGGAAAUAGCCUUCCUCAUGUCAGAAUUGGAUAAGUAUCAGUCAGUUUUUAAUCAGAAAUCGUCAGGACUUGUUAGUGGAUCACAAAGAGGAACGAUAACUGAGUUCGGAAGUUUGGAAAUGGAAGCUGAUGGUCCGAGAAAGAGAGGAAUCGGUAUUUCGGCUGAGCCGAGAGCCUUGAAGGUGAAUGAGAUUGAACAUCCAACGCAUUAUCCGAAAACGUCGAAGUAA